AUGCCUCCAUCAACACCCCCUCCGCUACGCCACAUCUCGCAAUUCACCCUGUCUCACUUCAAACUUCUCCAUCGCUCAGCAUGCUUCAGCACGUCCCUCCCCCGCUGGCCUCGCCUCCGACCAAGCGCAAGGCCAUCCCUCCUCAGCCGCUCAACCAACCCCGAGCCUCACAGCAACCACCCGGACUCACAACAACCCUCAACACCAACAAACCCAUCACCAACUCCUCAUAAACAGCCCCAAUCCCAACCAGAACCACAGCCACAACUCCAACCAAAGAAACACGCCGCCACACCACCAAUAUCCCCCCCUAAACGGCCCCCGCCCAUUACAAAAUCCCACAAACAAACCCUCUUCACAACCCCCGUCAUCAUCCAAUCCCCAUCCUCCUCCCCCCAUCUCACAACAAUAACAACAACAAUCACAAGCACAACCUCCCAAAAAUCCCAUCAAGACGCCCAAAUCUCCUCCGCAGCAUCCUUCUUCACCCAAGGCUUCCAAUUCCUCUACUCAGCCGAAUCCCUCAAGCACCACCCCAAAAACCUGCACAUCCCCGAGAUCAUCAUCCUCGGCGCCUCCAACGUCGGCAAAUCCUCCUUCCUCAACGCCCUCGUCAACAAGCCCGACGCCGCCCGCGUCAGCGCCCGCCCCGGCAAAACCACCCUUAUGAACGCCUUUGGCGUCGGCCCCCUACCAACCAUCCCCAAGGGCACUCUCCAAGCGGGGGGAAAACUUCCCCGGUACAGCCUCGUCCUUGUCGACACGCCGGGGUACGGCUUCAAGAGUCAGGCCAGCUGGGGGGAUUCCGUGUGGAAGUACAUCAAGGCGCGCAAGAUGCUGCGCGGCGCCGUGGUGCUGCUUUCGUCGGAGAAGAAGCUCAUGGAGCAGGACAGAUGGAUCCUCAGGACCCUCGCCGAGGCCAACACCCGCACGCUGGUUGUCCUGACAAAGGCCGACAAGGGCGGCGGCUCGUGGACGCAGCGGUGCGGCGACAUGGCGACCCUGGUGCGGGACGAGCUCAACAAGAUUUCGAAGUCCGUGGGGAACGGAUGGAGUGAGGGCUCGGGCUGGAUGCCGGAUAUACACGUCACGGCGGCGGGCAUGGAUCACGUACCCCGGCUGGGCAGCGGAGGCGGCGUGGGAGGCGUCAGGAUGAGCAUCUUGGAGAUGGCCGGCUUUGACCUGCGGGACAAGGAGGUGAAGAGGAAGGACGAGACGGUCACGUAUGGCGGGCCGGUGGUUUCAUUUGAUGAUAUCAAGUGGAAGACGGGGUGA